GGUCCUGCAAAUGCAGCAGAAAACCAAGAGGUGCCAUAUAUUGUAACCUAGAAAAAUAAUACACAUGUGCUAACUGAAUGGAUACACAUACUCCAACUGUUAGACAUAAUUCAUUCGUCCGAAUUUGUUCCCCUUUCGAAUGAGGGAUAAUACGUGUAUAUUUCUCCAGGUCUGUCAAUAGGAAUUAUUUAUAUUAGACUUUAUUUUAUUUUUGAGUGAGACCUUGCAGAAAAAAAAAUCUUAUGGUAAUGGCUCUGGACUUCAGUAUCAGGACUGUUCUCCCUGGUUUCAGUUUAAAGGCGAAUUAGCAGCCUGAAAUGCGCUGACUGUCCCAGGGCAGUUUAUUUAGAGGGAUCCACAAUACUUUGCAAGUGGAGCAAUCUGGCCAGCAAGCUGUGUCACGCACGCAGAACAGAAGACCUCAGUUGCUGCAUGAUUAAAUGUGAGGGUCGCCAGUCUCAGUUAUAAAGCAGUUAAACAUUUAAAAUACAUUGUUAAGCUGACUUUUUAGCUGACAAACCUGUCAUUAACAGCACUAUACCGUUUAACCAGGUAGCCGGUGAAGACGGCGUUGGUGAGCUAAGAACGACCCCUGCAGUUGCAUUGCAGAAAAGUGGAUAGUAGGAAGUGCAUGGAGCACUGAAGGCACAUCAGCCUCCAAGAGGAAUACCCCGUUUCGGUGCAGAGUGUAGCUCUCAGGCAGGAUGAACUACUGAUAGCGCGGCUUCACAAAAUCACUGCUUACGGCUGCAUCUGUAUUUCAGUAUAAUUUUUACUAACGCGGCUCUCCAGAAAUUAGUUUGGGCAAGGAAGCUUCUGUCAUGCGAGGAUAGUAAAACAGGGCGAAAAAGUUGGCUGUCUCUAUAUUUUAGGAAAAUAUAUUGGCAUUUUUUUUGUGUGCUGGAGACGUUACUGACUUUUUUGGAAAUCUGUCGUGGUUGUAAGAUCACCUGGCAUGUUUCUCGGGAUCUGGGGAAUACCUUUUGCAAAAGUAGGCUUACUGGAUCGUCAAACUGUGGUAUUGAUCUUUUUCACUGAGUGAUGCACAAGGAAUGAAGAUUGGAUGAUGGAAUUUAUAUGGGAAAUAUUUAUUAUUUUUCAAGCGAAUUUCAUCGUCUGCAUAUCAGCACAACAGAAUUCACCAAAAAUACAUGAAGGCUGGUGGGCAUACAAAGAGGUUGUCCAGAGAAGUUUUGUUCCGGUACCUUCAUUUUGGGGUCUAGUGAAUUCAGCCUGGAAUCUGUGCUCAGUGGGAAAGAGACAAUCCCCUAUAAACAUUGAGACAAGUCAUAUGAUAUUCGAUCCCUUCUUGACGCCGCUUCGUAUCAACACAGGUGGAAGAAAGGUGGACAAAACUGGGUAUUUUGAAGCCAAACCAGAGCUGAGCCAAGGGUCUGACUUGGUUUUUAGAGCCUAUUAA